AUGCCGGAACUGCUCGCUACAUCCUUGCCGGAGUACAUCGCUGCCGGACUUAAGGAGGUUGCCCAGGAACAAGGAUUUACGGAGGGCUUAUACCGCCUCGAAAGUGAAUCCGGUUCCAACAUGGGCGAUGGAUUCGUGGGUCAGCUGUUGAAAGUGUUUAUACGCGAGGCCGAUCGUGAGCUUGUAGUGCUGUGCAAACUGCUUCCGGAGAGUGAAAUGCGUAAACAGCAAGGCAUACCACUGUUUGACAGAGAAACGGAAGCGUACAUGCAAAUUCUUCCCCUGCUGACAAAGUUCCAAGAUGAAAAGGCUCUCGCGAAGCAUUUGCCCCGGUUUGACAAUGUGCCUCGGUGUUACUACGCCAAGACUACGCUCGACAAGAUGGAAUCCGUGAUCAUUAUGGAGGAUUUGCGCCUGCAGGCGUACCGUAUGUGGGACAAGGCGAACCCUGUCGAUUUCGAGCAUGCCCGGCUACUCAUGGUCACCUUGGGUCGGCUUCAUGCACUUUCGUUUGCGAUAAAAGAUCAACAGCCCGAAGAGUUUGCCAAGUGCCGAGCGUUCGAAGAUCCAAUGGGUAAAAUGUUGGAGCUCGAUCCUACCAAAGGAUUUGAAGUGAUGAUGGCCGGCAUGUGCCGUAGAGCAAUCGAAACACUGGACCAGCACGAUAACUUCCGGCGGGAGAAACUGAAGCAGAUACAGGAUCGGUGCGUGCAAGAAAUUGUUGCCUGUACGGAUGGCAAAGCAGCCGAGCCGUACGCUAUUGUAGGUCACGGUGACUGUUGGUCCAACAACAUGAUGUUCCAGUAUGCAGAAGAUAAUAAAACACCUUCAAAUAUUAAACUGAUCGACUGGCAGCUGUCCCGGUACGGUUCACCCGUGCUCGAUCUGGUCUACUUCAUCUUCAACUGUACCGACGAGGAGAUGCGUUCCCAUAGCUACCAACGGCUACUGAGCAUCUAUUACCACAGCCUUAGCGAGCAUCUGCACAACCUGGGAGGAGACGUUGAGCGGCAGUAUCCACGCAUCGCUUUCCGAGAGCAGUUGAAAAAGUUUGGCCGGUACGGACUUGUGAUGUCCAUGAUGGUGCUACCGAUCAUUUGCACUCCGAACGAUGAGCUGCCCGAUACGGACACGGCAAUGGAGGGUUUCAUGAAUGACAUGACUAAUGGAAACACCAACGCUGAGCUGGCGUACGGCACGACGGAAAAGGCCGCGAUUCGCUAUCGGAAACGAAUGUCCGGAUGCAUUCGCGAUACCAUACGCUAUAAAAAAAUGUCCGCUAAUCAAAAUACCGCUUUUCCGCGCUGCUUCUCUGGUGCACUUAAGGAGGUCGCCCGAGAACAAGGGUUUACGGAAGGCUUGUACCGCCUCGAAAGUGAAUCUGGUAGCAAAUUUGGGGAUGGUUUUGCUGGUGAUCUAGUGAAGGUGUUCAUUCGCGAAGGAGACCGAGAGCUGGUAGUUCUGUGCAAGCUGCUGCCGGAGAAUGAAACGCGCAAACAGCAGGGAAUUUCUCUGUUUGUUAGAGAAACGGAGGCGUACAUGAAAAUUCUUCCCCUGCUGACAAAGUUCCAAGAUGAAAAGGCCCUCGCGAAACAUUUGCCCCGGUUUGACAAUGUGCCUCGAUGUUACUACGCCAAGACUACGCUCGACAUGAUGGAAUCCGUGAUCAUUAUGGAGGAUUUGCGCUUGCAGGCGUACCGUAUGUGGGACAAGGCGAAUCCUGUCGAUUUCGAGCAUGCCCGGCUACUCAUGGCCACCUUGGGUCGGCUUCAUGCACUUUCGUUUGCGAUGAAAGAUCAACAGCCGGAAGAGUUUGCCAAGUGCCGAGCGUUCGAAGAUCCAAUGGGUAAAAUGUUGGAGCUCGAUCCUACCAAAGGAUUUGAAGUGAUGAUGGCCGGCAUGUGCCGUAGAGCAAUCGAAACACUGGACCAGCACGAUAACUUCCGGCGGGAGAAACUGAAGCAGAUACAGGAUCGGUGCGUGCAAGAAAUUGUUGCCUGUACGGAUGGUAAAGCAGCCGAGCCGUACGCUAUUGUAGGUCACGGUGACUGCUGGUCCAACAACAUGAUGUUCCAGUAUGCAGAAGAUAAUAAAACACCUUCAAAUAUUAAAUUGAUCGACUGGCAGCUGUCCCGGUACGGUUCACCCGUGCUCGAUCUGGUCUACUUCAUCUUCAACUGUACCGACGAAGAGAUGCGUUCCCAUAGCUACCAACGGCUACUGAGCAUCUAUUACCACAGCCUUAGCGAGCAUCUGCACAACCUGGGAGGAGACGUUGAGCGGCAGUACCCACGCAUCGCUUUCCGAGAGCAGUUGAAAAAGUUUGGCCGGUACGGACUUGUGAUGUCCAUGAUGGUGCUACCGAUCAUUUGCACUCCGAACGAUGAGCUGCCCGAUACGGACACGGCAAUGGAGGGUUUCAUGAAUGACAUGACUAAUGGAAACACCAACGCUGAGCUGGCGUACGGCACGACGGAAAAGGCCGCGAUUCGCUAUCGGAAACGAAUGUCCGGAUGCAUUCGCGAUACCAUACGCUAUGGAUAUAUUUAA